AUGUUUGGCAGGAAUAUCCGCAGUACUAUUCUGUACGCACGAGCUUAUCGACCGCAACGACGACUUGCUACGCUUGCAGAGGAAGUCCUGCGUGACGAGACGUUUCACAUUCCAGUAGUCACAUUCUCCAAGUUCCGCAAUGCAAAAUCCACCGCGGAGCGCGAGCAAACCGCUCAAGAAGUCGUGAAUGCGUUCAAGGAAGUGGGUUUUGUCUAUUUAAAAGAUCAUGGCAUCCCUCAAUCAGUGAGUGCCGAGUUCUUCAAGCUCCCGAUUGAGGAGAAGAUGAAGCUUGCGUGGGAGGACCCUCGGUCCAAUAGGGGAUAUGUUGCCAAAGGUCGUGAGCGUGUCACUCAGGAGACGGACGCGGUCAAGAUUGCCCAAAUGCGCAUUCAAGCACCAGAUGCCAAGGAGAGCAUGGAGAUUGGUCGUGACUGGGAUCCGACGUGGAAGAAUCAAUGGCCUCCACAGUCUCUCGCCCCUUCCUUCAAGCCUACGUUUCUGAGCUUCUUUCAAACAUGCCAUGAGCUUCACGUCGAGGUCAUGAGAUCCAUCGCCAUGGGACUACAGCUAGGCGAACAUUUCUUUGAUGAGCGCAUCAACGAGCAAUACCACAACCUCAGGCUCCUCAACUAUCCAUCUAUUCGUACCGAACUCCUCAAAGGCGAGGGCCAGGCGCGCGCUGGGGCACACUCGGACUAUGGCACUCUCACAUUCGUAUUCCAGGACGGUGUCGGAGGUCUGCAGGUGCAGAAUCCGCAUACGAAACAGUAUCAUCCCGCCACCCCAAUAAGCGGGACAAUUGUCGUCAACGUUGGAGACUUGCUGGCUCGCUGGAGCAAUGAUGUAUUGAGGUCGACUCUUCACCGUGUGGUGGCACCGCAGGCGUCACUCCUUCCUCCGGACGCAGAGAUGACGCCUCAGAGACAGUCUAUUGCAUUCUUCUGCAACCCAAAUGGACGAGCAAGCAUCUCCUGUCUACCCAACUGCCUCGGAUCAACGGGCCCCAAGUACCCCACGGUCACCACGGAGGAUUAUAUCGUUGGUAGACUGAAGGAUACAUAUAGUUAA